CGCGAAGGCGGGAUUUCCUUAAAUCAUUCACUUUCCGGCUACUCCAUUGAAGGGCACCAGUUAGCUUGAUUGCACAAAGAAAUCAUGGGAGGACACGACGCUGGAACUCACCACCAGUUCACUGGCAUUGCCAAGUACUUCAAUUCAUACACUAUCACAGGAAGGAGGAAUUGCGUGUUGGCCACAUACGCCAGUAUUGCUGCCAUUAUCCUCUUCUUCAAAUUGAAACCCAAGAAGCAAAAGGCUGUGAAAUCAAGUUAAUUUAUAGAUGUAUUGUGAUAAAACUAGGGGUGCCGGAGGCUGGAUGUCCUUGUUUUGACCUCGUCACUAUGGUUCAGCUAUGUAAAGAAUAAAAAAGAUGACUUGUACCAAACAAA